AUGCCUCCACGUCGAAGCGCACGCGGCAAGGGAAAGGAGAAACUUAGCGACGAUGAACCGAUGGAAGACCCCCCGUAUGUCGCAUGGAUGAAGGAGCAGCAAAAUCAGGGGAAGCCGUCCCCUUCCAUCAAGCGUAUUGCAAAGGCAAAGCGCGACUCUGCUGGCGCCAGCACUAGCAGCGGUCUUGGGCAUGACGACGACGAAACUGGGGGCGACACGGACGUCAGCGACGACGAUCUUGAGGAGAUUGUGUCGGAAUCGGACAGUGAUGCCGAUUCCGACAACUACAAGGCCGGCAGUGACGACGAAGAGGAAGAUUCGGAUGGUGCCGAAGCAGGAAGCAGUGACGACCGCAGCACACGUCGAUCGAAGAAGGAGAAGCGCCCGCCGGCAAAGCGCAAUAAGCGAGUGUGGUCGGACGCAGAGCUGACAUCACUCGCGGCCGCUCGUUGGAACACGAAGGACGACCUGAAGGCGAUGCAAGGGAAGCAAGGGAGCCAGUACUGGAAGAAGUUGCGAGCUCAUAUGGUUGAGAGGGACGACACAUGGGACCGCGAUGAGGGGCAGAUGUCGAAUGCGUGGAAACGUCUCGAGAAAGAGUACGUGAAAACGAAACGGUCGGAGACGCAAAGCGGGGGGAAAGCUAUUAGGAAGAAGCCGUGGUGGGAUCACGUUUAUCAUCUCAAGAAACACUCGGCUAAAGCCAAUGCCCACGCACUGGACGGAGGAGGUGCCGCAAACGUUGACGUCCCUGCGUACGCUACCGUGCCUGGCACCAACGUCGGGGAGACCUCGGCUCCUCCCUCGCAGGGAUGUCAACGCGGAAACCGACGUGGAGCGGCAACACAAGUUACACCUCCACCCAAACGAAGGCGGAUAGACAAAACCGCCACAAUGGCAGCAGCUAAGCUUGUGAGCGACGCCAUUCAUUCCUCCAACGCGAUGGCGUUGCGCCAGCUUCAAGACUCCACGCAACUACUUGUCGCCGCCAUGAACAUGGCGGCGAUGCAGGCUGGCUUACGACAGCAGAUGGCCAGUCCGCCUGUACCACCUGCGGCGCCCACGACUACGCCGCCACCAGCACCGCCUACAGACGCAAGCGACGCCAACAUGGCGGGGUCGGAGGAUGUGGCGGAGCAGCACGAGCCUUAG